AACAAGGAAGGAAGAGUCACACACAGACACCCACACCUCUCCCACCAUUUCACCUUCCCUUUGCCUUUCUUUUUUUUGUUUUUCCUCUCUUUUUCCUACACCCAUUGUGAGAUUCUUGCACUGCUCCUUUCUCUUCCACUGGAUUGUACAGAUUCCCAAUUAAUAACCCUUUUAAUCUCUUCACUUUUGAUUGAUUUUGGGCUUUUUCUGCUUUGAUUUUGCUCUUCUCCUUCUUCUUCUUCUGUUUUCAUUCAUCUUUGUUGGGGUUUUUCAUACUUUUUUAGGCAAAACUCUUCUGGGUCUUUCAGCUAUUGCUUGUUUCUGCAAAUUCCCCUUUCUGGGUUCUUUGCAGAAAAGGGUUUUGUGCCCUGUAGCCUUGCGUUCAUAUAAAGGCUUGAAGAACAAACCAAUCAUUUUUUUCCAUUUUUGUGUAAUUUUUGUGAAUAUUUUUGUUUUUUACCCAAUUUUUCUUUUGUAAUUUGCUUUAUCUUGUGGAGAAAUUUGUAAAAGGAAGAGAAGGAGAUGGGCAAGCAAGGGCCUUGCUAUCACUGUGGAGUUACAAGCCUGCUUGACUUUUCGAGGUUAGAGAGUGAAAUGGCAUGAAGAAGACAAUAAGGACUGAUCGGCACACCACUCUGGCGCAAUGGGCCUCCCGAUAAGCCAGUAUUGUGCAACGCAUGUGGAUCUCGAUGGAGGACGAAGGGAAGUCUUGCAAACUAUACUCCUCUUCAUGCUCGGGCAGAUCCUGAUGAGUACGAUGAUAAAAGGCUCUCUAGGUUGAAGAACUCGUCCAUGUAUAAGAACAAAGAAGUGAAACUGCUUAAAAGAAAGCAUUAUCAAGAUCAUGAAGUUGUGGUUGGGGUUAUCCCUGAUCAUGCUCAGAGCUUCCACAAGGCAGUGGAUGAAGAUACAAGUAAUAGAUCAAGUUCUGGAUCAGCCAUAUCAAAUUCCGAGAGCUGUGCACAAUUCGGUGGCGCCGAUGGAAGUGAUCUGACAGGACCCUCACAGUCGACAGCUUGGGAGUCGAUGGUGCCUUCGAGAAAGAGGACCUGUGUUGAUCAUCCGAAGUCUACUGCAGUCGAGAAACUCACUAAAGAUCUAUACACCAUUUUACGUGAACAGCAGUCGUACUUCUCUGGAUCUUCUGAGGAGGAUUUGCUUUUCGAGAGUGAAACUCCAAUGGUCUCUGUAGAGAUAGGUCAUGGAAGCAUUCUCAUGAGGCAUCCAAGUUCCAUUGCUCGAGAGGAGGAGUCGGAAGCAAGCUCAUUUUCAGUUGAUCAUAAACAUUUCUCUGUAAACGAGGCUUAUUCAGAGUCGUCCAUCGUUCCUUCUACUCUUGGAAUCGGGAGAAAGCACUCUAAUGGACAGGCGUUCUUGCAGGAACAAAUCAAAAAGGACAGGCCUCAAUUGGAAAAAGUGCAAGCGCUUGGGAAUCAUAAUUCGCCUCUCUGUAAUAUCGAUCUAACUGUCAUUCUAAACUUCAGAGAGUUUACGAAGCAAUUGACGUGUGAAGAUCAACGAGAAUUAAUGAAGUAUUUGCCUUCUGUUGAUACUGAAGAGCUUCCAGACAGCUUGAAUAGCAUGUUUGAAAGCCCCCAAUUCAAGGAGAAUUUGAAUUCAUUUAAGCAGCUGCUCACUGAAGGAGUCUUUGAUUUCUCCUUUCUGGGUGCGAAAAGAGAAGACUGCAAGACGUUGAGUCGACUCGUGUUGUGGGAUUUGUCUAAAUCAAAAUGGGUGGAACAAUACGAUCGACUUAAGAAAUGUUCUACUAGCUUUGUGGAUGACAAGAGAUUGCUUGAUGCUCAAAACAAAAAGUUUUCAGAAACAAGGAUUACAAUGAUGAGUCCGAGAAGGGUGACGACGAAGACUAGCGUAGAAAGCAAGGAACUCAUUGACGACAGUUGUUGCUUUAGUCCAAGAAGUUUAUUUGCUUUGCCAUCUGAUGGAAGUUCCUUCACAUUGGAAUCUUUACAUUUUGAUGAGGAUAGUUUUGACCAGGAUCUCUUGCUCGAUGUGAGGUCGAACAGCUCGUUCCCACAAGCGGAACUCCUGAGUUUUGGUGGUGAACAAGCAAGCAAUAGUAGUAGUUCGAUAAAUCUACGACUUAUGCAUCGUUGAAUAUUCUAAAGUCUUAUAACUUAAAAAAGCGUAUUUCUUUUCUUGCUCGAUGAAGCUGGAAAUGAGAACCGUCUCAAUAUGGGUUAUGGUUGAUUUCUCGUGUUUACCCUCGAAUCACCGUUAUAAACUUGCAUCUAUAAGGGUCGAUUUGGGUAGGUUUUUUUUUCCCUUUCUUUUGUAAAUGCUAUUGUUGAAUGUAAUAUGACUGUAAUAGAUGGCUCCCUUCCAAGAAGUUAUAAGGUUUAGAUUUAUGUA